GACCGAGAGAAACACUCCUUCAGCAUGAUUAUCAACACCGGGUUUAAGUUGUGCAUUCCACACCUGGUGAAGAGUCUGAAUCCCCACAUCUUGAACAUCUCUGCUCCUCUUAACAUGCAUCCAAGAUGGUUUAAAGAGCAUGUAGCAUACAUCAUGGCUAAGUAUGGCAUGUCCAUAUGUGCUUCAGGCAUGAAUGAAGAAUCCAGAGCUGAUGGCAUUGAGCUGUGGCCUCGAACAGCCAUCAUCACAGCAGCCAUGGAGAUGAUACGUGGUGAUGAAGUAGACAGACAGUGCCAGAAGCCUGAGAUAAUGGCUGAUGCUGCAUAUGUGAUGCCUUGCAAAGAUUGAGCGUCAUACACAGGAAACUUUUCCAUUGUUGAUGAAGUUCUCCAAAAUGAAGGCAUCACCAAUUUCAAUGAAUAAGCCAUCAACCCAAGAAAGAUAUUGUCUUCUGUUUCUGUGGGCGUUGGUACCUCACUCAUCCCUGUCAUCCCUUGGGUGACUUUGAUGACUUUGCUGUUUAACAGUCCCAUCUAGCUAGACUCAAUGGCAAACUUACACCGCCAAAAGCAGCUGCUGAUGGAGGACAAGUAGCACAGGUUUAUGCCAAGAUUGAAGACCUUUUGAGUAAAGAACUAGUG